CCUGCGCAGCGAGGCUGGCUUGCCCGUCAGCCGCAGCGGCUCGCCGUGAGGCACCCAGCGCGCGCAGCAGCCGGGCGGGAGCCGCCGCAGCUCCGGGGGUCGCGGCCGGGAGCCGCCGCCGCGCAGCCUCGCCAUGCCGAAGAGAAAGGUGACGGUGGCGGACGGGGAGGCUCCCGAGGAGCCGAAGAGGCGAUCGGCGCGGCUGUCCGCUAAACCCGCUCCUGCCAAAGCAGAGCCGAAACCAAAAAAGUUAGCGGCAAAGGAUAAAUCUGAGGACAAGAAAGCUCAAUCAAAGGGGAAAAAGGGGCCUAAAGGAAAACAGACAGAAGAGGCAAACCAAGAACAGACAAAGGACAACUUGCCUGCAGAAAAUGGGGACGCUAAAAGUGAGGAGACCCCAGCAUCUGAUGCAGCAGUAGAGAAAGAAGCUAAGUCUGAGUAACAUCUGGUACCAAGUCUUUAAUUGGUGGUCCUUAUACCUUUCUUCUUGUACAAUUCAGAGGAAUAUUUUUAUCAACUAUUUUGUAAAUGCAAGUUUUUUAGUAGUUCUAGAAAACACAUUUUUAAAAAGGAGAGAAUCCCCACUCAACCCAUUUUUUUACAUAUUUAGAUAAGUGUAAAUGCUUUUCUAAGUGGUAAAAUCAUGUACUGGUUGUCUGUUUUCUAUGAAACCAGAAAUUAAUGGCAUGUUACAUUAAGGAGAGGGCUUUGAAGCCUUGAUUAGGCUUCACGUUCCAUAGACUGUGAGGGACAGUUUUUCUAUCCUAUUAAAUGAAGCAUAACACAGAUCAGACUUUGGAAUUCAUAACGGUAUGUUGAGAAUGUCUUAACAUUUUAGUUAUUUAUCUUUAUCUAUGGUUGUACCAUCAGUAGAAUUGCUUAUCUAAUAAAACUGCUCCCUAGUGUUGGAUUUCUUGCUGAAUGAUGUAUAUCUGUGACAAAGUUAUUUUUGGUAGUUGCAGCUUUAUUUUUUUUUUCCAACAACUUUGUAGCUGUGAUGAGAAAGAUUGGAAACUUUUAUUAUAUCUUUAAAUACUAAGUAAAAGUUUCUGCUUGGCAGACGUAACUUGUUAUGUCAGUAUUCGAGAUACUGGAACUUCACAUCCAGUUUUAAAGGACAGCUUGUCUACAAAGAUCAGACAAAAAAUAUUUGAAAUAGUCUUAGGAAGAAACCAGAAUGACAGUUUUUAGAUUUAAAAAACUGUGUGAAUAAAAACAAUUGUAAAAUUGUUCAUAGUGUCUGUGAUCACCAAACAAAAGCCAAAUAAAUCUUGAUUAUGAAAG